CUGGACAUGGAUCGUAACGUGUUAUUGCUGUUAGGUCUUCUCGUGACCCUAUACGGAUGUGAAGCAAACCCUAAUGACCCGAGCACAUUGACAGGGCCUACUGGUGACCAAUUCGGUGAUUUGAGGUGUCCGACGGAUGAUAACGGCAUGAUGGUGGCAACGUUCGAAAUUUGGAGGAACAAUUCCGCCACCACCCGCGUCUACUUCUCCGAGCCCGCAGACCCGACCGUUGGCUCCAUGGGAAUCCCUAUAGACCAGAGCUGCUGCCUGUGGACCGGAAAUGGUAUUCCUGAUGACCCCUUCAUAUUCACUGCCAUGGUGAACACACUGACGGACACUGUGCCUAGCGGGUGUGACUGUGGUAUUAAAGUGCUGACUGCCAACUACAUGUACCAGUGGACGGCGUACGCCCAACAAGUGCCGAAUAUGAACAUGGAGGGGGACAUUGAGCUCACGAUAACAUGCAACAUUGACAACGGAUUAUUAUACACGCUCCAAGCCCAGUACACCAACGUGCCUUUCCCGAUUAUCAAUAUUCCGGCGGUCACGACCGCUUCCUGGGAACUCGGCCUGUACCGGGCGUCAGCAGGAACACCGGAAAUCGGCCAGGGUGUGAGCGUCGCCGUCGGCACUGAAAUCAAGAUCAGAUUGACCUUUGACCCGCCCACUUUUGCGUCCUUGACAAACAUCAAUGAAGAGCUUAUUCCCUGGGGGUCGUACUGUAAGAAACUACUUGUGUACCCCAACGCUGACCACAUAGACAGGGCAAUCCAUCUUAUAGACGAAACUACCGGGUGCUCCAUUCAAGCCGAGCUCGAUUCCCCUUUUACGGGAACCCGUCCUUCAACCGGUGUCACAUACCAAGCCAAUACGGGCAAUUUUGAGGUGUUUCGCUUUGCCGGGGUACCGGGAGACCUCGGUUCCGUCCCAAACACCCUCACCAUCCAUUGUGAGGCGUACCUAUGCUGGCUGCCAAAUGAUCCAAAUUGCAUCGAUCGAUGCGCGGCGAACCAAGUCCGCCGAAAACGUCAGGCGGAGGUUGAGAGACUUGACCGCCCCUACGUCAUACAGGGCGUGCUAACCAUCACCGAUCCCGUCAAAACAGAAAAAGAACAACUCGAAGAUGAGAGCUGGUCAUUCGAAACGCUUAUGGUACCUAUCUUGUCCGUCGUCGGUGUUGUAUUGCUGGUCCUUGUGGUCGCUGGCGUCGCCCUUUGCAUUCGCCGCCGACGAGAACCCGAAUUCCGGAAGUACAGUAGCUACUCGGAAUCGUCGUCCGUUCAAUCCCACAACAAUCGCCAUUUCCCGCCGUCUGUAGAAGGAUAUCCCAGAAAAUAUUGAUUUAGUUUCGGAAUCUUAUUUCCAAUGUAUGCUAUUUUAAACUACAUUGUUCUUAAUAAUUCGGACUUCGUUAGCAGUGUGUGUAUACCACGUGAUAAAUUACGUCAUAUAUGCUACGUCGGAAGGCAACAUUUUGCUUAAAAUGAAGACUUAAAUCAAAGAUAACUUUUCUUGUACAACACCAUUUUAAAUGUAACAUAGGGCAGUCUUUGCCUCUUAAAGAGCCCCGCAUUUGUAUUAUUACCGAAAUUUGAUAAAGUCAUUAGUUUCAUCAAACACUUCGACAAACCUGUUUCCGAAAUCAUGUUUUGACAGUGCUCCGUCAGACGACCGUAUUGUGAAAAGGUUUGUCGAAGUGUUUAAAGAAACUAAACGCUCAAUUAAAUUCUGGUAAAAGACCGAAGGCGGGGCCCUGUGAGCGGCGUAGACUGCGCUAUGUUUCAUUUAAAAUGGUGAAGAAAUAGUGAAGUUAUCUUUGUUUAAAGUCUUUUUUUCACUUCAAAAUAUUGCCUUCUGACGUAGCAUUUAUGACGCAAUUUAUCACAUGGUAUACACACACUGGUUAGGUCACUUACAGACUUAUUGCAUGAACACACUUAACACUUACAUUAGAAUACAACCGAUGGGAUUGCGGAUAUGCAAUCAUAAAGUAAUUUACUUAAUCAUUAAGAAAUUCACUCUUUUCGCGGAUUGGAACAAUUUAGAUUUUUAAAUCAUCAGCAUCUGCUUUAUAGAUGCAUUGCAUGAUUUAGCAAGAACACUUUAAUACAUGCAGCAAGAAUAACGUAUAAUUACAAUAAUAUGUAAACUGUAUUCAUGCCUUG